AUGGCCGGUCCCGCUUCCAAGUCUAUCACGGCUGACAAGCCUGCUUCCACCGCUGGGAAGGCUCCCGCCAAGUCCAGUACGCCCGCUUCCAAGUCAACUGCGGCCAAAAAGACCUCCACCUCUAAGAAGUCUGCAGCGCCUGCUGAUGCCGAGAAAAAGACCAAGCGCAAGAAAGCUAGGAAAGAGACAUACUCUUCAUACAUCUACAAGGUUCUUAAGCAGGUGCACCCUGAUACCGGUAUCUCCAACAAGGCAAUGGCAAUCCUCAACUCCUUUGUUAAUGAUAUCUUCGAACGUAUUGCUGGUGAAGCUUCCAAACUCGCUGCCUACAGCAAGAAGAGCACAAUCUCGUCGCGUGAAAUUCAAACAGCUGUGCGUCUGAUUCUGCCAGGAGAGUUGGCCAAACAUGCUAUCUCCGAAGGUACUAAGUCGGUCACCAAGUUUUCUUCCUCUCAAGCCAAGUGA